AAGAAGAAAGGGAAAGGAAAAGGAAAAAAGUAAAGUAAAAUCAAUCUGUACAGGGAGAAAAAAUGUGGGGAAGGGAGUUAGGAGGAGAUGUUUGACCUUCUCUCAUCUCUUUCUGGCUCUCUAUGUUUCUUCUUAUUCGAUUUGAAUCAAAAUCCAUUGUUAUUCGUCUUUCAUUUCUCCUAUAAAUAACCAAUUUCUUCUCCUUCUACACCCAGCCACCCAGAAACCUUAUCUCCUACCGAAUUUUGUCUCAAUCCCAUUUUUCCUGGAAAAAUAUAUCAUAGUUUUUUAGAAAAGAAACCCAAACAAAUCUAUCUGGAUUCUGGACGUUUGGGUUACGAUUUGGUGAUUUGAAUAUCGAUUCUUGAAUUUUUCUUGGCGAAUUCAGACUAUUCGUUUUGUUUUUCGUAUUGGAUAUCGGAUUUUGGUUGGUCAGGCCUCCUGGUUCAUACUUUGGCAACAAAUUCAGCUACCCAUUUGAACAAACGACAUCAAAGCCUCACAAAAAUUCAGGAACUCUGUCCUGAGUCAUGGGGAACUGUUGUGCGAUACCACAGACCGACGAUUACGAGACCAAGAAGAAAGGAAAGAAGAAGCAGAACCCGUUUUCCCUUGACUAUGGCAACAAUAAGGCCAACGGAGGGUUCAAGCUUGUCGUGUUGAAGAAGCCCACAGGCCUUGAAAUCGAGAAGACGUACGAGCUGGGUCGCGAACUUGGGAGGGGAGAAUUCGGGAUUACAUACCUGUGUACGGACAAGGAGACCGGCGAGAAAUUCGCUUGCAAAUCGAUCUCGAAGAUGAAGCUGAGGACGACGGUGGAUAUUGAGGACGUGAGAAGAGAAGUGGAGAUCAUGAAGCACUUGCCUGAGCACCCGAACAUUGUCUCUCUGAAGGAUACUUACGAGGACGACAAUGCGGUGCAUUUAGUGAUGGAGCUUUGUGAGGGAGGAGAGCUCUUCGAUAGGAUCGUCGCUAGAGGACAUUACACAGAGCGUGCCGCGGCUGCAGUUACUAAGACGAUUGUGGAGGUGGUUCAGAUGUGUCACCGGCAUGGAGUGAUACACCGAGAUCUCAAACCGGAGAACUUUUUAUUUGCUAACAAGAAAGAGACUGCACCUUUGAAGGCAAUUGACUUUGGGCUAUCAGUGUUUUUUAAACCUGGUGAGAAAUUGAAUGAGAUAGUUGGCAGUCCAUACUACAUGGCUCCUGAGGUGCUAAAGAGGAAUUAUGGCCCAGAAGUUGAUGUCUGGAGUGCAGGUGUCAUCCUUUACAUCUUACUUUGUGGCGUCCCACCAUUCUGGGCAGAAACUGAGGAAGGAGUUGCACAAGCAAUUAUUCGAUCUGUUAUAAACUUCAAGAGGGAACCCUGGCCUAAAGUUUCUGAGAAUGCAAAAGACCUUGUAAGGAAGAUGCUAGAUCCUGAUCCAAAGCGUCGGCUUACAGCACAGCAAGUGCUAGAACAUCCUUGGUUACAGAAUGUAAAGAAUGCUCCCAAUGUUUCUUUAGGUGAGGCUGUGAGAGCAAGGCUCAAGCAAUUCUCUGUAAUGAACAAACUCAAGAAAAGAGCCCUGAAGGUCAUAGCUGAGCAUUUGUCAGUGGAGGAAAUUGCUGACGUAAAGGAGGGAUUUGAUGUGAUGGAUGUCAAUAAAAGUGGCAAGAUCAACAUUGAUGAUCUUAGAGUUGGUCUGCACAAACUUGGUCACCAGUUCAAUGAUACAGAUCUUCAAACGCUAAUGGAAGCUGCUGAUGUAGAUCGUGAUGGAUACCUGAACUACAGCGAAUUCGCAACUAUUUCUAUUCACCUAAAGAGAGUGGGCAAUGAUGAGCACCUUCGUAAAGCCUUUGAAUUAUUUGAUCGAAACGGAAGUGGGUACAUUGAGCAUGAGGAGUUAAGGGAUGCGUUAGCUGACGAAUUACAUUCAAACAGCGAAGAAGUCAUUAAUGGAAUCAUGCAUGACGUAGACACAGACAAGGACGGACGGAUAAGUUACGAGGAGUUUGCAGCAAUGAUGAAAGCAGGUACAGAUUGGAGAAAAGCAUCCAGGCAGUACUCUCGAGAACGGUUCAAUAGUCUCAGUCUGAACUUGAUGAAAGAUGGAUCGUUGGGUACAUAACCAAACAUGCAAGUUUACUUCUUUGAAAAUGAAAAACGAAAUCCUGAUUAAUGUGCAGUUGGGUUUCAGAUUCUUUUUCCUUCCAUUACAUCUGUUAAAAUCUUCUCUAGUCUGCACUUGAGGGGGAGCUAUCAAAAGGUUAACAGAGUAUGGGCACAGGGACUUGAUAUAUAUCUUUGUGAAUGGCAAUAUUUCUUUGAUUGAUUGAUUGACUGGAGCUGUGUUGGGGGGAGAAAAAGAAGGCUUUGUUGUAAGUAGUGUAACAUUGGCAUACUAUUGUUCAAAUCAUAGUGGAUUUCUGCUUAAAAAUCCAGAACUUGUGCA